GUAAGAGCAGUGAGCAUGGCGGAGGUGGACUACUACGCGACGCUGGGCAUCCAGAAGACGGCCACAGAGGAAGAGAUCAAGCGUGCCUACCGCAAGAUGGCUAUCCGCUACCACCCAGACAAGAAUCUGGACAAUAAAGAGGAGGCCGAGAUCAAGUUUAAGGAGAUUGGAGAGGCGUAUUCGGUGCUCUCCGAUGCCGAUAAGCGACGCCAGUACGAUCGCUUUGGCAAGGCUGGCGUGGGCGGUGCCGCAGGAGGCGGGGGCCCGGGCAUGCACCCGUUCCAAGGCCAGGAUGCCGAGGAAAUUUUCCGCACGUUCUUCGGCGGACAGGACCCAUUCUCCAUGUUCUUCCAGGAAGGUAUGCGAGGAGGUGGCAUGCACAACUUCGGAGGUUCUCGAGUGCAUGUGUCGCAGUUUGGACCUGGAUUCACGUUCACGUCGUUUGGUGGAGCACCGGGGAUGGGGAUGGGCAUGCCCGGCAUGCGAAUGCACCGCGUGAACCAGCGACAGCGUGCGCCGAACGGACAGAACGUUGCUGGGGACAACCGCCCGCAGCCAAAUGGACGUCUUUCCCAGUACCGAAUCGGUGGUGGCAACCUGCUGCUGAUCUUUUUCCUACUGUGGAUUAUGGGCGUGCCUUUCAGUUACCUGUGGAUAGCACUCAUGCUGUUCAGUUAUCUUGGACUCGUCUAAGCAGGAAACUAGUGUGCAGCUAACGCGGCUCGAAGCACGUCGUCGACCACAGCUAGUAGUUAAACCAAAGUAAACCCGUAUAUAUAAUCGCUUACCGGUA